CCUCCCCCGGCUACGAGAGGAAGAGAAAGGCAGGGACGGGACAGGAGUCGGAUUACAAGAUGGCGGCUAUUCCGCGGCGUUAGUGGCUGCUGCUGCUAGUUGGUACUGCUGAGGCAGAGGAGCGGCGGCUCCGACCUGAACGUCAUGAAAAGCGGCGAGUUAAAGGCCUCCUGAGUGACGCUCUCAGCCCCCGGCCGGUCCUUCCGCGUCCCUUGCGAUCGGGCCGGGGCCCCACCAUGUCGGAUACCCGGCGGCGGGUGAAGGUCUACACGCUCAACGAAGAGCGGCAAUGGGACGACAGAGGCACCGGACACGUCUCGUCCACAUACGUGGAGCGGCUCAAAGGGAUGUCGCUGCUCGUCCGAGCCGAGUCGGACGGUUCACUCUUAUUGGAAUCGAAGAUAAAUCCAAACACUGCGUAUCAAAAACAACAGGACACUUUGAUUGUUUGGUCAGAAGCAGAAAAUUAUGAUUUAGCUCUGAGUUUUCAAGAAAAAGCUGGCUGUGAUGAAAUCUGGGAAAAAAUUUGCCAGGUUCAAGGGAAGGAUCCUUCUGUAGAAGUUACACAGGAUCUCAUUGAUGAAUCAGAAGAAGAACGCUUUGAGGAAAUGCCUGAAACUAGUCAUUUGAUUGAUCUCCCUACUUGUGAACUCAACAAACUCGAAGAAAUCGCAGACCUAGUUACCUCAGUUCUCUCAUCACCCAUUCGUAGAGAAAAAUUAGCCUUAGCACUGGAGAAUGAAGGCUAUAUUAAAAAAUUAUUACAGCUUUUCCAACUUUGUGAGAACCUAGAAAAUACUGAAGGCUUGCAUCAUUUGUAUGAAAUUAUUCGAGGAAUUUUAUUCCUCAAUAAAGCAACUCUUUUUGAGGUGAUGUUCUCAGAUGAGUGCAUUAUGGAUGUUGUGGGAUGCCUUGAAUAUGACCCUGCAUUAGCUCAACCAAAAAGGCAUAGGGAAUUUUUGACCAAAACCGCAAAAUUUAAAGAGGUUAUACCCAUAACAGACUCUGAACUUAGGCAAAAGAUUCAUCAGACUUACAGGGUACAAUACAUUCAGGACAUCAUCUUGCCAACACCAUCUGUUUUUGAAGAGAAUUUCCUUUCUACCCUUACUUCAUUCAUUUUCUUUAACAAAGUCGAGAUCGUCAGUAUGCUGCAGGAAGAUGAAAAGUUUUUAUCUGAAGUUUUUGCACAGCUAACUGACGAAGCUACUGAUGAUGACAAAAGACGUGAACUGGUUAAUUUUUUCAAAGAGUUCUGUGCAUUUUCUCAGACAUUACAGCCUCAAAACAGAGACACCUUUUUCAAAACAUUGGCAAAAUUAGGAAUUCUUCCUGCUCUUGAAAUAGUAAUGGGUAUGGAUGAUUUACAAGUUAGAUCUGCUGCUACAGACAUAUUUUCUUAUCUGGUAGAAUUCAGUCCAUCUAUGGUUCGGGAAUUUGUAAUGCAAGAAGCACAGCAGAGUGAUGAUGAUAUCCUCCUCAUAAAUGUAGUCAUUGAGCAAAUGAUUUGUGACACUGAUCCUGAACUUGGAGGUGCUGUUCAAUUAAUGGGCCUCUUGCGUACUCUAAUUGAUCCUGAGAACAUGUUGGCCACAGCUAAUGUAAGAAAAUGGAAAGGGAAAACCGAGAAAAGUGAAUUUCUAAAUUUUUUCUACAAUCAUUGCAUGCAUGUCCUCACUGCUCCACUUCUAGCAAAUACAUCAGAAGAUAAAACUGACAAAGAUGCUGUGGUUGCAAACAAAAAUAAUACCAUUUGCCCAGAUAACUAUCAGACAGCACAGCUGCUUGCUUUAAUUUUGGAGCUGCUUACCUUUUGUGUGGAACAUCACACUUAUCACAUCAAAAACUAUAUUAUGAACAAGGACUUGCUGAGAAGAGUUUUAGUCUUGAUGAAUUCAAAACACACCUUUUUGGCACUGUGUGCCCUUCGUUUUCUGAGGAGGAUAAUUGGCCUAAAAGAUGAAUUUUAUAACCGUUAUAUUACCAAAGGAAACUUAUUUGAACCAGUCAUAAAUGCUCUUCUGGAUAAUGGAACUAGGUAUAAUCUCUUGAAUUCAGCAGUCGUUGAACUUUUUGAAUUCAUCAGAGUGGAAGAUAUCAAAUCACUUACUGCCCAUAUUGUUGAAAACUUUUAUAAGGCACUUGAAUCUAUUGAAUAUGUUCAAACAUUCAAAGGCUUGAAGACAAAAUAUGAGCAGGAGAAAGACAGACAGAGCCAGAAACUGAACAGCGUCCCAUCUAUACUGCGUAGCAAUAGGUUUCGUAGAGAUGCCAGAACUUUGGACGAAGAUGAAGAAAUGUGGUUCAAUGAAGAUGAGGAGGAGGAAGGUGAAGCAAUUGUACCACCUGUAGAGAAAUCCAAGUCUGAGGAUGAUUUUCCAGAAAGUUAUGAAAAGUUUAUGGAAACAAAAAAAGCAAAAGAAAGUGAAGACAAAGAAAAUCUCCCCAAAAGGACUUCCACAGGUGGCUUCAAAUUUACAUUUUCCCAUUCUACCAGUGCAACUAAUGGAGCAAAUAGUACAAAUAAUAAAUCUGUUGCAGCUCAGACAUCACCAGCAAGUUCAAAUGGUUCUUCUUCCAAGAAUGCCAAUUUGACUACAGCAGUCACAGCCACAAAGGGAAGUUUAGUUGGCCUUGUGGAUUAUCCAGAUGAUGAAGAGGAAGAGGAAGAAGAAGAAACAUCCCCAAGAAAAAGACCUCGUCUUGGCUCUUAAAAAUGUUGAAACAAACUCUGAUAGAGGGUGCUUAAAUGCUAUGACUGAACUAAAUAGUCUGACUCAGAAAGCGUUCUCCCUGGAAAAUACAUGAGAAUACAAGGAGUCGCAAACGAAAAUCUACUAGAAAGGUUAUGUUCUGAGAACACCCCGCUUCCAAAGAACCUAAUCUCUUUCUAGUCAAGGAGUGUGCCAUUCAGACUGUUAAAACGUUAAAACAGUGGAUUAGUAAUCAGCACCUGGAAUGAAAGCUUGCCAGAAAAAAUAGUCAUCUUGGGUUCUGUGAGGGGAUGGGGAUGGGAGAAGAAAUCUUGAUAUUGCAGGGUUUCCCCCGUUUGUAGCAAGCUAGAAGAAACUUGCAAGGCUUCAGUUGCAAACCUAGUAAUAUAACUUCGUAACGGUGCUGUCCAUUGUGGGUUUUUUUAGCAAUUGCCUCUUUUAAAUAAUGAAUUCUCUUUCCAUUAAAAAAAAUCAGAAUUGGGGACCACUGUUUGCACAGUCAGCCAAAUUAUAGAGGGUUGCACACUGCUACAUAGUGCAUGUUGAGUGGCAAACUGUUUAUUUUUUUUUCCAUUAUUUUGGAAGGGAAAAAAAAAGAACCUGGGUUCUAAAUGCAAGCAGACUAGAAGCUAUCCAGGAAAAUCAUUCUAUAGAUCAUCAGCUUUCCAGGAAAAAA